UGGUAUGUCGAGGUCACUUUGCAUACCAAGGACUUUUGCAUGCUCUCCGUCAUCGGUUUCAAAACGAACCGCGCCGACGAGGUUGUGGCCUCGGAUGAGCUGCCUAUCGGCGGACGUGACUACUUCGAGUCCCUCCAAACUGGAGAAGAACUGCGUUCAAGGGAGCUUGCCCGUGGCUUGAUGGUGGCGGCCCUGCCAUAUUGGAAGGGCAAGCGACGCGGAAAUCGCGAACGUGUAAACCAGAGUCUACGGAGUGGUUUCACCUCCCGAUUCAGUAAUAGCAAGAAAUGA